AUGUCAAGAUUCAAACGCAGCCGUCAUAUGCCACUUCUGAACAAGUUAGUGGGAGACGAAAGACGACAACUCAACCAAUCCAGCGUCACAAAAGGACGAAUGCGAAGUCGUCAACUAAAUGAGCUGACUGUGAAAGCAAGACGAGUACAUCACCAGGGUGAGUUCCACGACAAACAUUCCACUCGCCGCGAGAAGCAAUCGCAGCCGAUGGACAAGUCAGCAUACGGACGCGGAAGGAUGCCUGCCAAAGAGAUUUCGUCUAUAACUACGUCUUAUGGAGCCCAAUAUUUGCAGACCGCACUCGAGCUUUCCGGAUAUGCAAUGACAUUCCAUCCCCAUGGCUCUCAUCCUUACUACAUGGCCUAUGGAAGCAGCGAGUCGCAGUUCACUUGCGAAAUCAAUGAUUCUCCACCUUGUGUGUCUCCAAGAAUGGAUCAUUGCCGAAAACUGCGAGAGAAGUUUGGGAUAUUGCUACUCUAUCCAUGUUGA